GUAUUGAGGCAGAUGAGGUGCUGUGGGAGGAGUGGGGCAACUAUGGGGAGCAUCAGUCAGAAGGGUGGGCCAGGAAACUCACUGGCCUGGCGACUUUGUUUGUCCAUUCCAGGGGGGAAGCGAGAUGAGGAUCUGAUCCUGCCCAUCAACUCCUCACUGAGUGUCACUUUGCACCAGGAUCAGUUAAAAACCACCACGACAGUUGCCAUUAGCAAGGACUUCGCUGAGGACCGGAUCUGGCUGAAUGGCCGAGAGGAGGAUGUGGGGCAGCCGCGCCUUCAGGCCUGUUUGAGGGAGAUCCGCCGCCUGGCCCGGAAGCGGAGGAAUACACAAGAUGGUGACUCGCUCCCCUUCAGCCUCAGCCACAAGGUGCACGUCGCCUCGGUGAACAACUUCCCCACGGCUGCCGGCCUGGCCUCCUCAGCGGCGGGCUAUGCCUGCCUAGCCUACACUCUGGCCCAGGUCUACGGGGUUGAGAGUGACCUCUCAGAAGUGGCUCGCCGGGGCUCGGGCAGUGCCUGCCGGAGCCUGUAUGGAGGCUUUGUGGAGUGGCAGAUGGGGGAACAGGCCGAUGGGAAGGACAGUGUCGCCCGGCAGGUGGCCCCUGAGUUGCACUGGCCUGAACUCCGAGUCCUCAUCCUUGUGGUGAGCGCCGAGAAGAAGCUGACGAGCAGCACGGUGGGCAUGCAGACCAGUGUGGAGACCAGCCCUCUGCUCAGGUUCCGGGCCACUUCGGUGGUGCCGGCACGUAUGGCAGAGAUGAUGCGCUGCAUUGAGGAGCGGGACUUCCAGGGCUUCGCCCAGCUGACCAUGAAGGACAGCAACCAGUUCCAUGCCACCUGCCUUGACACCUUCCCGCCCAUCUCCUACCUGAACGACACCUCCAGGCGCAUCAUCCAGCUGGUGCACUGCUUUAACACCCACCAUGGGCGCACCAAGGUCGCGUACACAUUUGAUGCGGGCCCCAAUGCUGUGAUCUUCACCCUGGACGACACUGUGGCUGAGUUCGUGGCUGCCGUGAGGCACAGCUUCCCCCCCGAAGCAAAUGGAGACAAGUUUCUGAAGGGGCUGCAGGUGAGGCCUGCCCCCCUGUCAGACGAGCUUAAAGCUGUGCUGGCUGUGGAGCCGACCCCCGGCAGUGUCAGAUACAUCAUUGCCACCCAGGUGGGGCCAGGACCUCAAAUCCUGGACGACCCCAAUGUUCACCUCCUGGGCCCUGACGGCCUGCCAAAGCCAGAUGCUUGAUGUUAGCAGGAUCCCCACAACCACCUGGAGAAGGGGCCGCCUUUCUGGUACUAGGGAUGCAGUGUGGCGGCUGGCCCUGCUUGUUGGGACUUGUGGGUGGCAGCAUGGCUCUGGGCCUGGCUGGGCAGUAUGUUGUGACUGCCUGUAGCUGCCUAGGUGGGCCGGAGUGGAUCCCCCACCGAGUGCCUUACUUCUCCCCAGCCUGCACCUAGCACCUUGUGGGGAGGGGAGUCAGGAUUGGGGUAUAAGAGCUGGGUGACCAAGCCCAUUGGGUGUGGAGCUGCAGGCAUGUCCCCAGGCUGGAGGGUUCCCUGACCCUGAUCUCUGGCCCACUCCCAGUGCUCCAAAACAGGAGCUUGAUGGGGAGUCAGUGACCCUUGAGUGUCUGGGAACAGCCGCUGUGCAGGGAGGGGCCUCUCUGCAGCCUCAGGAGACCUCCACCAAGUUCUUGGAGGUGGGCAGCUGCCAACAGCGCCUGUGCUGAGACCUUGAACUCAGGCCACAGGAUGAACUCAGGCCACAGGUGUAGAUGAAGUGGUUCUUUAUAAAAAGACCUACAACAUCUCCCAGUGAGGGAAGGUGGUGGCUGAGUCCAGCCAGAGGUGGGGACCGUGUGGUGUGGGCACACCACUCGAGAGCUGCAGCCCUGUUAAGUAAACGGGAAUAAACCCAGUGUCACCAAC